AUGGCCGAACUGUAUGUGAGCGGCCAGAUAGAGUCUGCUGAUGGCUUCGGUGAUAAUAGAGUCUGUUGUCGUUGGUCUCUAAUAACAGGUGGUGGUUGGCGAGUCGUAGAAGGUGCUGUCGAAGGCCAGACUCAGACCGAUUUACCGUCUGUCUUUGAAGAAGCAUACUUUGCUCAUCCAGUCGAUCUUCAUCUAGCUACAAAGACUAUACAGGGUUGGCCUCGUAUGCAGUUACAGGUGUGGCAUCAUGACAUUUAUGGUCGACAAGAGUUACUUGGUUAUGGAUCUCUGUUUUUACCGAGCACUCCUGGCGAGCACGAAUUGGUUUGUAAUAUUUGGCGGCCGAAAGGUACAGCAAGAGAAGAAUUGAUGCAACGAUUUAUUGGUGGUGGCAUACAGGUGUCAUCACUAUCAGUAUUGGAAGAUGCGACGGAACGGAUGCGAAUCAGCACAGUGGCAAUGGGAAGAGUUCGUUUGCGACUUUAUGUGAUUACAAGGCAUUUCGAACAAUUUGGGAUUUUAUCUUGA